AUGGCGUCCUCGACCACCGCAGCGGGCUUCGACGUUGACAGCUUUGCAAACUAUUUGAUCUCUGACUUGGGCUUCCUCCUUGCCCUAUUCGGGGAUUUGCCCACAAAACAGUUUCUAGCCUUGUCCACCGGCUGGUACGACAACAUUGCGCUUGCAGUUGCCCCCAUAGGGAUUCCUACGAUCAUGGUCAGUGCUAUCCGUGUGGCCGGGGCCAACUGGCUGAAAGCUAUUAUCGGAAGAGCUCGAGAAAGCAGAGCGAGCGCCGAGGUCGAAGUCCUCUCUUCCACUUCAGCAGAAGUCUGUGAGUUGUGGAGUGGGAACCAAAUCGUUCGAGUCGCUGGUCAGGCGCCCAUCAAGGAGAUCAUUAGAUACGUAACGCCUAUGUCUGGGCAGCCAGCAUGUGCGGGAAAGGAGGAAUGGAUGGAUCUUGCCAAAGCUACCUCAAGCACCGACGCUACCUCGACGACGCUACACCCGAGAACGAGAUAUAACAUCACCCGUACCGGGGGUGGCGGCAAUAUACUAGGGGGAACCAUCAAAGAUAACGGAUCCCUAUCCAAACUGAUGAUCGCCUCCAGCACUUCAGCCCCAAAUUUGACACUGAAUAUCGACCGAGAUGUAUACACCGGAAAGGGCGGAAUAGGGAUGAGAGUAUGGAAAAGAGUUUGGGCUGCCGCAGUCCUUGCGCUCAUUUUGCAACUUGCUGUUGUUACUGUGUGGACUCUAACUACCUAUCACUGGAAGGUGGGCAGAGCAAACAGACCUCCACCCAGAUACGGCUUCCCUUGUGCUGUCGGUGGAGCAGGACUCCUUUUCUUUGGAAUACUUCUAUGUGGCCAUGUAGUCGAGGAUGUGACUGCUGAGCUACACGCCGUGCCCGCCCGGAAUCCCGAAAGGUUUAGUGUCAUGCGUAUUCAAAGAUCGUGUACGGCUGGUUCCCAGAAUUUCGAUGGAUAUCUCAUUCACAACAAGGAUGGAGACCCGACCAUAUCUAUGUCGCGACGCUUACCCGACACUAUGCGAGUAAGGAGACAUCGCACUUUCACUCUGGUCGGAACACUCUCAGCCUCCACUGGCUUUAUUGUGCAGUUCAUCGGCCUUCGAACAUUACACUGGGGGGCCACCAUCGCUCAGCUCGUUGCCACAAUGGCUAUGAUUGUUAUACGCGCCUGGCUUCGACGUAAUCUCUUGGAUGACCCUCGCUGCGAGAAGCUCUUGUCAAAAUAUGAAAUUUCUGAUGCAACCUUCGCUAUAUGCAGGGUGAAACUACAAACCAAGUUGAGACCAGGGAGCUGGACUUGCCCUUGGGUCCCCAAGGUCAAUGCACCAGCCACCGGCCAGAUCAAACCGGAAUACAUGAAUUACGGUUGGGGUCUUUCCACAAGCAUCCAGCUUGAGAUAUCCAAUCCUAACACGACGGCAGGGAAUAACCCUAACACGGCGACAGGGAAUCCAAGCCAGACAAACGAUAUUGAAGCAGAUGCUGAAUCAUUUUCGUCCAGUUCUGCCGACCCAGAGCUCAAGGACCCAGAUAGCCAUAACGAGGCCCAGCUCAAGCACUGGGAGGAGCGCCUGGUGCGAACCAGAGUGGAAUUAGGGUAUUUCACAGAGUGGGAGGAAGACUGUACGAUCUGGGGAGAACGCGUCGCCACUGCCGCCGAGGACGUAUUUCGAAAACUGGAGACCAUGUCCUCUGGCAGAUGGCCACGUUUGACUUUCAAGAACGUGGAACGAACCAGAAGUUGGCAACUCGCUACGUACGUGCGUAGAAGCAAACAUCUCAUCUUGAGGUCAACAUUCACCAUCGACCCGAACACACUUCCUAACUACUGGUACGCCGUCCCGGCCGAUCGAGACGGCCAUAUACGGAGAGUAAAGGACUCUUACUCGGCCAUCCUAUGCCUCUGGCAUUGCCGUAUCGUCAAGCGAAGGGCCGGCGUCAAUUACAAGCCGCAAUUCCCCUUUGCACGUGUAGUGGAUGCAUUUGGGACAGAAGUGAAAAGGUCCGGCCUGAUUCAAGAUUGGUUGCGUACUCCUCUAUCGGAAGUCCCUCGCGAUUAUCACUGGGCAGAGUGGAGAGGCAAGCUAUUUGAUCCUGCAUUAAGUUUUGGACGCCGAUUCGCCGUCGAACCCUCUGUCAACCAUUUGUAA